AUGUCCAAUCCCCGCCGCCUCGAGAAUCGCAAUGCCAUCGUCACCGGCUCCUCCAGCGGCCUCGGCGCAGCCAUCAGCCUGGCCCUCUCCUCCCACGGCGCCUCAAUCUUCUGUAUCGACCUCUACCCAACACCCCGCAAUGCCAUCAACUCCAAUACAAACCGCGCCGACGACAUCCACAACCGCACGCGCGACCAGUCCGGCACGCACGAACGCAUCCGCCAACUCGGCAGCGAGGCGACGUACCACAAGGCAGACGUGACCCGCGCGCGGGACAUAGAGCUGGCGAUCCGGGCAUGCGUCGCCAAAUACAAGCGCGUGGACAUCAUGGUCAACAACGCGGGCAUCAGUGUCGAGUCGACGCACCUGCGGCCGCUGCGGUGCCACGAGACCAGCGAGGAGGACUUCGACCGCACGCUGGCCAUCAACACCAAGGGCAUGUUCCUGGGCUGCAACGGCACGCCGAGCUACUGUGCCUCGAAAGGCGCCGCCGUCAUGUUGACCAAGCAGAUCGCGCUGGACUACGCGGGCGACCUAAUCCAUUGUAAUGCGCUGUUUCCGGGCUUUUUGCAGACCAGCAUGACGCAGAAUCUGUAG